GAAAUAUUACAAGAACAGUUCUUGAAUACAUAUUGAUUAUCCCAGUUUCCAAAUAAUGUCGAAUUUCUGCACGUGAAGACAUCUUGUACUGGUUGUUUGAAGUUUACCGGCUCGGUCUCGUGCAGUUAGUUACAUUGUAGCUAACUGCACCUUCACAGAGGAUGUCUCGCGCACUCGGCAACAAAGUUUCCAAAAAUUAGUUUUUAUUUACACAGUAGGAGCCCUGACGUCACAUGGGGGGGUCGCAGAAGCUUACGCCCCGAAAAAUAAUAACACACACCUCCGUGGCACAAGCAAGUGCCUUCCCCACCCGGAGGGGGGUUUCUAGUCCCAAAUAUGCGUGCUUGCUUGGAAUAUAGCUUGAUGUGUGUUUGAAUCGUAACGAGGAGGGGGUUUAAAAAAAACAAGGCGCUUCUUCCUCGCAUUGCGCGUCAUUCAAACAGGACUCAGUGUACUGCUUUUUCCUCUCUGUUGCAUUAGUAAUAACAGCAGCGUUGACGAGAGACAGCAGGAGGAGAGGAAAGUGUGUGUGUCUCCCGACAGCGGUGCCCAACAGAGGAAUACUGAGCUUUUUUUGGCUGGCUAUUUACACCGCCGCUUCUUGUCUUGUUUGCUUUACGCUCCGCGUUAUGCUGAACUCGGACAGUCACGUGCGAACAUCGCCGCUAGUCUAGAGAGAAGGAAGACGACGACUUAUCACCUGGUGCGUCCUUUUGACUUUUACCCGACAGGGAACUAUUCCUGACAUUUUUUUUUUUUUUGUGUGUGUGUGAGCCGACAUCGUCGGACUCCCAACCCACCCUGCGAAGGACGUCAACGACAGCAAGUUUUCUCCCUUAGGGAUGAAAUAUGCGCUCUCUGCAUCCGUAGAAAGAAGAAGACAACACACAGUGUGAGGUGAAAAGUGGUUUUAAAUCAUGAUGAUGCAGGAGUCGGCCACAGAGACAAUAAGCAACAGUUCAAUGAGUCAAAAUGGAAUGAGCACCCUAAGCAGCAGCCAAUUAGAGGCUGGCAGUAGAGAUGGGAGAUCAAGCGCUGGUGACACAAGCAGCGAAGUAAGCACAGUCGAGCUGCUGCAUCUGCAACAACAGCAGGCACUACAAGCAGCGAGGCAAUUACUCUUGCAGCAGCCAGGCAGUGGCCUGAAAUCUCCAAAGAGCCAGGACAAGCAGCGUCCACUGCAGGUUCCAGUGUCAGUGGCCAUGAUGAGUCCCCAAGUGAUCACGCCACAACAGAUGCAGCAGAUCCUCCAGCAGCAGGUUCUUUCCCCACAGCAGCUCCAGGCUUUGCUCCAGCAGCAGCAGGCAGUGAUGCUGCAGCAGCAACACCUGCAGGAGUUUUAUAAGAAACAGCAGGAGCAGCUUCAUCUGCAGCUUCUCCAGCAACAGCAUCCCGGCAAGCAGGCUAAAGAGCAACAGCAGCAGCAGCAGCAGCAGCAGCAGCUGGCUGCCCAGCAGCUCGUCUUCCAGCAGCAGCUUCUGCAGAUGCAGCAGCUCCAGCAGCAGCAGCACCUGCUCAACAUGCAGAGACAGGGCCUGCUCUCGCUGCCUGGGCCUGCUCCAGGCCAGGCCGCCCUCCCCGGACAGACCAUGCCCCCACCAGGUGGCUUGAGCCCCGCGGAGCUCCAGCAGCUGUGGAAGGAUGUGACCGGAGGUGGCGGCGGCGGCGGUCACUCCAUGGAGGACAAUGGCAUCAAACACAGCAGCAGUGGCGGCAUUGGUGGCGCCAGCACCGGGACCGGCGUGGUCAGCAGCGGUUUAGACCUCUCCACCAACAAUUCCACUUCAACUACCUCCUCCUCCAAUCCUGCCAAAGCUUCGCCGCCAAUAUCGCACCACUCCAUCACCAACGGACAGUCCCCUGUCAUAAACCACAGACGAGAGAGGGAGAGGGAACGCGAAAGCUCACUUCACGAAGAAAGCGGAGGAACUCAUCCCCUGUACGGUCAUGGUGUGUGCAAGUGGCCCGGCUGUGAGAACAUGUGUGAGGACUUUGGGCAGUUUUUGAAGCACCUAAACAGUGAACACGCUCUCGAUGACAGAAGCACAGCCCAGUGUAGAGUCCAGAUGCAAGUCGUACAGCAGCUUGAAAUACAACUUUCUAAAGAACGCGAGCGUCUUCAGGCGAUGAUGACCCACUUGCACAUGCGGCCCUCAGAACCCAAGUCAUCUCCCAAACCGCUGAACUUGGUGUCGAGUGUCACCAUGUCAAAGAACCUGCCCUCAGCGUCGCCCCCGAACUUACCUCAGACCCCCACCACGCCCACAGCCCCCAUCACACCCAUAGCUGCCAUGCCCCAGGUGCCGUCAAUGCUGGGAGGAGCCAACGUCCCCAGCAUGGGAGCCAUGCGCAGACGCCACUCAGACAAAUACUCAAUGCCUUUGUCGUCAGAGAUUGCCCCAAACUACGAGUUUUAUAAGAACGCAGAUGUCAGGCCACCAUUUACUUACGCAACCCUCAUAAGACAGGCCAUCAUGGACUCUGCCGACAUGCAGCUAACGCUCAAUGAAAUCUACAGCUGGUUCACGCGCACGUUCGCGUACUUUCGACGCAACGCUGCAACUUGGAAGAACGCCGUUCGCCAUAACCUGAGCCUGCACAAGUGCUUUGUGCGCGUUGAAAACGUAAAGGGGGCAGUGUGGACGGUGGAUGAGGUGGAGUACCAGAAACGCAGGUCGCAGAAGAUCACAGGAAGUCCAUCUCUCGUGAAGAACCUGCCCUCCAGUCUUGGCUAUGGAACGGCAUUAAACGCCAGCUUACAGGCCGCCCUGGCGGAGACCUCCCUGCCUCUGCUGGGGACCCCUGGACUCAUGAGCAGUGCCACAGGCCCAAUGGGAGGUAGCUGCCACGGCCUGCUCGGUGGUGAUCCAUCCGUACCGACUGGCGGGAGCCCGCCCGGACUGUUGGGCGGGAGUCCACCCGGUUUGCUGGGGAUCAGCCCGCCCGGAACGCUGAGUUGUAGCCCCCCUACCAUGUUACACUCUGCUCACGAGGACCUGAACGGCUCGCUCGACCACCUGGACACCAACGGGCACAGCAGCCCCGGGUACUCCCCUCCGGUACACAUGCCAUCUGUUCACGUGAAAGAGGAGCCUCUCAACAUGGAUGACGAUGACUGUCCAAUGUCACUCGUGACGACAGCCAAUCACAGUCCGGAACUUGAUGAUGACCGGGAGCUGGAGGAAGGGAACCUAUCGGAAGACCUGGAGUGACUAGGAUACGGUUUUUGGCCAACGUAUCCCUCCACUCUACCGCACUGUUUCUUUUACACAGACCCGCAAGGCUAGAUACCACUCCACCAGUUCAAGCAACCACAGCUGACUCUCUUUCUCACCACUGGGACUAUUUAUUGAGCAUGUGUCUGGAUAGAGACCAAUCCAAAGGAACUCUCUGUUGUAGACCUUUCGGAUUCCCAAACAUGACAGUCAUGAGAUGUCUGUUUUAAAAAGAAGAAAAAAGCCUCUCUGAGACCUGUUAUAUUUGGGGGUGGCGUGGCCACAUACAGUGAAAGGAUGAUGGACUCAUGGAUUGGGGGGGGGGGGGGGACAUGAGACAAAAAGCAAAUCAUGUUCUGUUAAAGCUAGCAGCCUCCUAUACUGCCAAAAAAGAAGACGUUUUAUGUUUGUGAAUAACCCAACCCACAGUAGUUGUUAAUGUCUAGAGACAAUUGCUGGUUCAAUUCAAGUUGUUGCUCUGUUAUCAUUUGCACAGAAGUAGUCUCGGAAAAUUGUGUCACUGCCUGUAUGUUGCUAGUAUUAUUAAAAUCAGCAAAUAUUUUUUUAAUCUUUUUUGCUUUUUUGCCAUUGUUAAUUUGCAUUAGACUUCACCAACUGUAAAUGCCAUUCCUCGAAUCCCAACUGCAGUACCAAGACUGUUCAGAGAAAAGAAAAACAAGGAAAAAAGAGUCAGCUUCCAGUCUGUUAUGUGUUUGUAAUUAAAAGUCUAAAAUGAAGUGGGGGGGGAAUAACAGUUUGUGUGAAAGCGCCAUUUACAAAACAAAUGCAUUCUGCCUACCUUUCCUCUUGCUCUUCUUACCUCUGUGUUCUAAAGCUUUGUCUACCUGCAAACAGUGACAGGCAACAGCUAGAAACCAAAGCCAACACUAGCAAUGGCCAAUAGCUUACAGGCAGAAGCCACUAAACUCCUCUUUAUGGUCUCGCCUUCUGUGACUUUAAACUAGUUCAAAGAGAAGCUUUUAUUUGUCCACAAACUACCUUGGAAUAACCUCUGGGAUCGUUUCAUUUAGCCCUAUACAAAGAUGACCAGAGCAGAAACGAGUGCUAAUUCUUCAUGUGUAAUUCGGGAACUCAUAACAAUGUCCGCUCCGGUUAUCUUCUGCCAGGCAAAGUGGACCAUGACCAAAAUGUAACAUUUGUGUAUUCAAUAGAAGUGCAAAACCAUCUUGAUGUUGUGAAGAUUAUGUUAAUUUUAUAUUUUUGUUAUCCAUUACACAUCGAAAUUCAUUGUUUUUAUAUUCUAACCUGUUGGAUGUUGUUUUGUUUUAGGUGGGACUGUCCAAAUACUUUCACGUCUUUACUUCUGUGGCGGUUUUUGUUCUGAGCUGCAUCACAAAACUGAAAACACUAUUAACCAAACAUGAAAACUAUCUAGUGAAGCCAAAUAAGUCAUAAUUUCAAGUUAAUAUAAAAUAUUGUGGCUUGGGUACCAUGAAAAAGCAAACAGCGAUAGCCAUUGUGGAAGGGGGAUAUCUAAGGUAACCUUUUCUUGGUAAGAUUUGCUUUAACUUCACCCAAUACGUUGGUUACAUUUUCUAAAGCAUACAGGCUUAUACAAUGUGUAUACAGUGUAUUCUGUAUAGGUGGUCAGCUUUUUACGACACACUUUGUAUUUAAAGAAGAAGAAGUACAUCCAAUCGAUUUCCUCUAAGCCUGCAUCGGGUGCUGGUCAUUUUGCCCCUUCACCAUUUCGUACCUUUGCAGUUUUGGUCAUUUCGUACUCAACUUUUUCGGGUACAAUACAGUGCCGUCUACUGGUGGACAUUUCGAAUUGACCAAACCAAUUAGUAUUCUGUUUGAUAACCAAUGGUUCAAAGGGAUUAUCAUUAAUCUACUCAUAGUCUACUGUAAGGAAGGGAGAUUAUGACUCCAGUAAAUAUUAUCUACCAGCAAGAGGACAUAUUUCAUUUGGGUCAACUGGCAAAAUGCUGACAGAGCCACAAACAUUUAGAAAAAAAUGCAAUACAAAGAUUUUGGAUAAUUUACAACUGAAUCAAAUUACAUGUGAGAUCUGGCCAUAUUUAUGCCAAUUUUAUGUUGAUAACAUAUGGAAAAUACCAAACCAUAACCAAAAAUAUAGUCAUACAGGUACUUGGUAUCGAAAUGGUUUGUUUACAGGUACGAAACGGAAGCAGGAGGGGUUGGAAUGACAAUGUGUAGGUACAAAAUAGGGGUACAAAUUGGCAAAGGGAAGAAUUGAUCCUGAAGUGUUGUUGCUUUAAUGGGCGUUUCUGUUUUCAGUAAACCAAAGUUACACAUAAUUCUGCCUCCUCUUGUACAGGAUAAGCAUUAAAACUCACACUCAUGCCAUGCUCCAGUCUGGCAUACACACAUACAGAGACCAGGUGGUCAGCUUUACUGUUUUCACAACAGAAUGGCUUUUUUAAGGAGCCCCGUUCUGACCAAAGUCUGAACCACACUGUGCUUCCGUUGCAUUGGAGUUGUGAGGCCAGUGCAUAAAACACACUGGUACUGUACAAAAGCACUGCUUGUAUGCAUAUCCUCACGCAUUCACGAGUCAGUGCAGUGUCAAGAGGCUAGGAGUCAGCAAAACGACUUGGGAAAAAAAGACAUUCUUAAUAAUUUUAUCACACCAAAUAAGAAGGGCACUUCGUCUUUGAUUUUAAAGAAAAACAAAAAAGGGUUCUCCCACUUACCCAAAAAAAAGCUUUCUAAAAGCUUCUACCUCUGCACAACAACUUCAAAGCAACUACAACAGAUUGCACGAGUUUCGAGAGCUGUCCCACUUUCCCACACUUGUCUCAUAGGACGUGGCUCAAAACCAACGUUUACAUUCCCUGCGUCAAGAUAUAUGGAAGAGUCGCAUUGUGAUAGGUUGUCUGCAAACAUUUGUAGAAAGAUAAUGUAUAGAUUACCUGUAAGGGGAAUAUUGUGUUUUUAAAAAUGCAUGUCUAAAAAUCAUUUGGUGGACUGGAAACAAAAAGAAAUAUAAUAAAAAUCAUCAGGAUGAUGGCCUACAUGUUAAAAUGCAUAGGAGUGCAUUACCUCAGAGGGAUAAAAACCUGUCAGCCACAGAAUGCGUAUUACCUGUAGAUUUGCAUGGGUUUUGUACAAAUUAAGUUAAAAAAAAAAUGUCUAAAAUAGUUGCUUGCACAUAAUACCAGAAAGACCUCCAGAACUGCGAUCUGCUCCUCCACUAGAUUUAAGGAUUGUCUGGAUUUUCUGGGUUGAUUUUUUUGUCUGUAUUUUGAUAAUUGUGCAUACUUAUGUAAAAAGAAAAAAAAAAUCAUGUCGGUGGUACAAUGAAAUUUACCAGACUUUUUUCUAAGAGGAAAAAAAAGAGAGUUCUGUGUUUCUUUUCUGACUUACCUGAAUUUUUACUGUUUCUCUCUCAUUGCUCGCUAAGAAUAGCAAACCUGCUUUUUCUGCAUCUGCUUUGCGUAGCUGUAAGGCUUUAACCUAAUGUGUGUAUUUAUUGCUUGUACCUCUGUGCAUACUUUAUGAAGCAUUAUGUCUGGCAGUUGAGUCAUGUAUCCUUUCUACUGCUAUCCUUCUCUAAUAAUUGAGAAUAUGAUUCCCCCCUAUGUAUACAGUAAAUUGGGACUGUAGCAAACAUGUUUAUGUAAUUGGUGAUUUUAGUUUUUUAUUCUCUUUUAUUUUAAUCAAGAUUCAACCUUUUUUUGAUACUUCUCAUUCCUGUGUACUGUGUCCAUAUGUUAAAGGUUCUCUGACAUUAGAAGGUCAUGGUUGAGAAUUGUAACAGACAUUAUGUUCUGUAUUCAUGGCAUUUCACUGCUGAAUAAAAUAAAGGACCAAAACUUGGAAUUUGAAAAAGCAA